GUCGCGCGAGGGGGCGGGGCCGUGCCGGCUAUGCUGACUGGCUGUCGGGGUGGUGGGCACUGUGCGAUGGCCGGGGCAGAGGGACUCAUGUCUGAAGUAAGCUGGAAGCUCUUGGAACGACGAGCCCGGGCCAAGCGCUCAGUUUUAAAAUUGGUGUAGUUUAGCCUGCAACGCUUAUGAUAAGAAUCAACAGUUUGACAUGGCCAACUCACCUGAUGCAGCCUUCUCUUCACCUGCCUUGUUAAGGUCUGGCUCAGUUUAUGAACCUCUUAAAAGCAUUAAUCUUCCAAGACCUGAUAAUGAAACUCUAUGGGACAAGUUGGAUCAUUAUUACAGAAUUGUCAAGUCAACGAUGCUGAUAUAUCAAAGUCCAACCACAGGUCUCUUUCCUACUAAAACUUGUGGUGGAGAUCAGAAGUCCAAAGUGCAUGAGAGUCUGUACUGUGCUGCGGGUGCCUGGGCCUUGGCGCUAGCAUACAGGCGCAUUGAUGAUGACAAGGGAAGGACCCAUGAGCUGGAGCACUCGGCCAUAAAGUGUAUGAGAGGAAUUCUCUACUGCUAUAUGCGCCAGGCUGAUAAGGUCCAGCAGUUUAAGCAAGAUCCCCGGCCCACAACGUGUCUUCACUCUGUUUUCAGUGUGCACACCGGGGAUGAGUUGCUCAGCUAUGAAGAAUAUGGCCAUCUUCAGAUAAAUGCAGUCUCACUCUUUCUUCUUUACCUGGUGGAAAUGAUUUCCUCAGGGCUCCAGAUAAUCUAUAACACAGAUGAGGUCUCUUUUAUUCAAAACCUUGUGUUUUGUGUAGAGAGAGUUUACCGUGUUCCUGACUUUGGUGUCUGGGAAAGAGGAAGCAAAUAUAAUAACGGCAGCACAGAACUGCAUUCAAGCUCUGUUGGUUUAGCAAAAGCAGCCUUAGAAGCGAUUAAUGGAUUUAACCUCUUUGGAAACCAGGGCUGUUCUUGGUCAGUUAUAUUUGUGGAUCUCGACGCUCACAAUCGCAACAGGCAGACUUUGUGCUCACUGUUACCCAGAGAGUCACGCUCGCAUAACACAGAUGCCGCCCUGCUCCCGUGUAUCAGUUACCCUGCGUUUGCCUUGGAUGAUGAAGCUCUGUUCAGCCAGACACUUGAUAAAGUGAUAAGAAAAUUAAAAGGAAAAUAUGGGUUUAAGCGUUUCUUGCGAGAUGGAUACAGAACACCAUUGGAAGAUCCCAACAGACGCUAUUACAAACCAGCAGAGAUUAAGCUGUUUGAUGGCAUUGAAUGUGAAUUUCCCAUAUUCUUCCUUUACAUGAUGAUUGAUGGUGUUUUUAGAGGCAAUCUUGAACAAGUCAAGGAAUAUCAGGACCUGUUGACACCUUUGCUUCACCAGACCACAGAAGGAUAUCCUGUUGUACCAAAGUACUAUUAUGUGCCAGCUGACUUUGUAGAAUAUGAAAAAAGAAACCCUGGUAGUCAGAAGCGGUUUCCUAGUAAUUGUGGUCGUGAUGGGAAGUUGUUUCUUUGGGGACAAGCUCUGUAUAUCAUUGCAAAACUCCUAGCUGAUGAGUUAAUCAGUCCUAAAGACAUUGACCCUGUCCAGCGUUUUGUCCCAAUUCAGAAUCAACGUAAUGUGAGCAUGAGAUACUCUAAUCAGGGCCCAUUGGAAAAUGACUUGGUCGUUCAUGUAGCACUUGUAGCAGAAAGCCAACGCCUUCAAGUUUUCCUCAAUACAUAUGGUAUUCAAACUCAGACUCCUCAGCAGGUGGAACCUAUUCAGAUCUGGGCUCAGCAGGAGCUUGUAAAAGCUUAUUUCCACCUGGGUAUCAAUGAAAAGUUGGGUCUGUCUGGGAGGCCAGAUAGGCCCAUUGGCUGCCUUGGUACAUCAAAGAUUUAUCGGAUUCUCGGAAAGACUGUGGUGUGUUACCCUAUCAUCUUUGACCUGAGUGAUUUCUACAUGUCUCAGGACGUUCUGCUGCUCAUAGAUGACAUAAAGAAUGCACUACAGUUCAUUAAGCAAUAUUGGAAAAUGCACGGACGUCCACUUUUUCUCGUUCUCAUCCGGGAAGACAACAUAAGAGGUAGCAGAUUCAACCCCAUAUUAGACAUGCUGGCAGCCUUUAAAAAGGGAAUAAUUGGAGGAGUCAAAGUCCAUGUUGACCGUUUACAGACUUUGAUAUCUGGAGCUGUAGUAGAACAGCUUGACUUUCUACGAAUUAGUGACACAGAAAAGCUUCCAGAAUUUAAGAGCUUUGAAGAACUAGAAUUUCCCAAGCAUUCAAAAGUCAAACGACAGAGCAGUACUGCAGAUACUCCUGAGCAGCGACAGGAGCCAGAUAUCACCAUUACCGAGUGGAAAAACAGAUCUACCCAUGAAAUCCUUCAGAAGCUGAAUGACUGUGGUUGUCUGGCUGGUCAAACCAUCCUGCUGGGUAUACUGCUCAAAAGAGAGGGUCCUAACUUCAUCACAAUGGAAGGAGCUGUGUCUGAUCACAUUGAGAGAGUGUAUAGAAGAGCUGGAAGCAAAAAGCUUUGGUCGGUUGUACGCCGUGCAGCAAGUCUUUUAAAUAAAGUAGUGGACAGCCUGGCCCCAUCCAUUACUAAUGUUUUAGUUCAGGGCAAACAGGUAACUCUGGGUGCCUUUGGGCAUGAAGAAGAGGUCAUCUCUAAUCCACUGUCUCCAAGAGUGAUUAAGAACAUCAUUUAUUAUAAAUGCAAUACCCACGAUGAGAGGGAGGCGGUCAUUCAGCAAGAACUGGUCAUCCAUAUCGGCUGGAUCAUCUCCAACAGUCCUGAGUUGUUCAGUGGCAUGCUGAAAAUACGAAUUGGGUGGAUCAUCCAUGCCAUGGAGUAUGAACUACAGAUCCGUGGCGGGGAUAAGCCAGCUAUGGACUUGUACCAGCUCUCACCCAGUGAAGUUAAGCAGCUGCUGCUGGACAUUCUCCAGCCUCAGCAGAGUGGAAGAUGUUGGUUGAAUAGACGUCAGAUUGAUGGGUCAUUGAAUAGAACACCUCCAGGAUUCUACGACCGAGUGUGGCAGAUCCUGGAGCGCACACCUGAUGGUAUCGUUGUAGCUGGGAAGCAUUUGCCACAGCAACCAACCUUGUCAGAUAUGACCAUGUAUGAGAUGAAUUUUUCUCUCCUUGUUGAAGAUAUGUUGGGAAACAUUGACCAGCCAAAGUAUAGACAGAUCAUUGUAGAGUUACUCAUGGUCGUAUCCAUUGUGCUGGAGAGAAACCCCGAGCUAGAGUUUCAAGACAAAGUGGAUCUGGACAAACUGGUCAAAGAAGCGUUUCAUGAGUUUCAAAAAGAUGAGAGUCGGCUAAAAGAAAUCGAAAAACAAGAUGAUAUGACUUCCUUUUACAACACGCCCCCACUGGGAAAAAGAGGAACCUGCAGCUACUUGACGAAGGUUGUGAUGCACUCGCUGCUUGAGGGAGAAGUCAAGCCCAGCAACGAGGACUCAUGCCUGGUUAGCUAGUGCUAGUGUAGAGAGCAUAGGUGAUGUUUUCCAGCUGUGCCUUUUGUGUUGAUGGUAACCAGACAGCCAUUAGUGAGUGAACAGAUGUGUUAGUGUGGUGGGCGCUGGACUCUGUUUGUCGUGAUUGAACCUGUGCAUGCCAAUGGCAUUUGAACAGUAGACAGUGCUUGAAAUCAAGCAGAACCUGUUUCUAUGGUUUGUACCAGCAACUCUAAUCUUCAUGGAACCAUAGAAAUAGUUUAUGAAUUGAAAAUUCACAACUGCAUGUUUUGUGAUCAAAUAUUCCAUCAAAAUUAUGAGUCUUCACUUCUUUAGACUUUAUUUUCACCUUCCUGCUAUUAAAACAAGCCUGGCAAGGGGUGGUGCUUUACUGGGGAUCACAAGGUAUUGGAGGAUGGUGACAGCUGGCCUCUGUUGUACCACAAAACCAAGACGUGCAACACACAUCAAAGAAACAAAAUUAACCCUUGGUAUUUAACUUCAGAACAUGGAUUAUUAAUAACACUGUGUUGUACAGAACUCUUAGAUGGUUUUUACAUUGUGAACAUGACUGUAGUUUUGUAUUGAGCUGCAUAUAAGGGUUGGACUAAAAUAUAUCAAGCAUUUUCUGAGCAUCUGUUAAAUAUAGGAUUACAGAAGUGUCAGUCAGCAGAGCUGGGAAUUGUCAUACAAUCCAGCCUUAAAAAUUAGACAAAGAAAAGAAGUAGAUUAUGUGUCUUAAUGCAUGGAAGAGGAGUUAUAAAAAGAUGGUCCUGUUGGAACCAUCUAUUAAAACUUAAGCCUGAAAAACCAGUCAUGAAGCCCAGGCAGAAAGAGUAAGUUCUGGUGGUUGAUGGGCAGGGAAGAGAAGUUAAAGAGCGAGAGGGAGGAAGAGCCCUUGAAAUAUUCAAAACUUAUUAAAAUUCAGAAGAAAGUAAACACUUGUAUCCUUAAGAAUUAAAUUUUUUGAUUAGCUGAGCAAAGCUGCAAGAAAAAUGCUGUCUUAGUUAAAAUAGACAUCACUUGCAAGUCUGUUUUCUGAAUGAGCAGUUAGCUUCCUGUUACAUAUGCAAAGUUUUGGCACUUUCUUCUGCUGCUUGAAAGCAUUCGAAAUCAGCAACUGUGUGUCAGCUUUUUAAGUUGCGAAAUGCAAGAAUUAUUGUUCUGCAAGAUAUUUUGGGAUGAUCAAUAAAUCUUGAUGUUCCUCCAUCAGAA